AAACACGUUAAAAUAUAUCCGUCCUUUAUUUUUGUUGCUAUUUUUCCCCAUUCGAUCGUUAGUUAGUUUCAUUCGACGUUUUUACAAGUAGGAAGGUGCAAAGGUGAGAAAUUUACGAUGGGUAUAUAUAUAUGAAACAUCAUAGGGGACAGUACAUAGUAGACGCGAAAAUGUUUCGCGUAGUUUGCUUUUGUUCUCUUUUGCUCGCUACUGGUCUCGUCCAUGGCGAGAUCAAAAACAAAGGAUGGUGGAAGAAUGCCGUAUUCUAUCAAAUUUAUCCACGGAGUUUUAUGGAUUCUAAUGACGAUGGAGUUGGAGAUCUAAAAGGUAUUACAUCGAAACUGGAACAUUUCGUUGACGCUGGAGUUCAAGGAAUAUGGCUUUCACCUAUUUAUGCGAGUCCAAUGAUAGAUUUUGGUUACGACAUAUCAGAUUUCAAAGCCAUACAUCCAGAAUUUGGUACGAUGGAGGAUUUCGAAGCAUUGGUGGAAAAAUCGAAACGACUUGGAUUAAAAGUAAUUCUUGAUCUCGUACCAAAUCAUACAUCCGAUAAGCACGAGUGGUUCCAAAAGUACCUUGCUGGGGAGAAGAAAUAUAAGGAUUAUUAUAUUUGGAGAAAAGGAAGAAAGGACGAUGGAGUUACACCACCUAACAAUUGGAUAAGUGUGUUCAGUGGUCCUGCUUGGACGUACAAUGCAACGUUGAAAGAAUGGUAUUUCCAUCAAUUCGAAUACAGACAACCUGACUUAAAUUACAGUAAUAAAGAAGUGCAAGCCGAGAUGGAAGACGUCAUUCUAUUUUGGUUACGUAAAGGCAUAGAUGGUUUUCGAAUAGAUGCCGUUCCGCAUCUCUUCGAAAGAGAAGAUUUCCAUGAUGAACCCAGAAGUUCCGAUCCAAAUGCUACCGAUCGUGAUUACACUUAUUUGGACCACAUUUAUACCAAAGACGAUCCACGAACCUAUGAACUUGUAAAAAGCUGGAGAAAGAUUCUUGAUGAUUAUUCCGAUGCCAAUAACGAGGAUGAGAAGGUGAUGAUGACCGAAGCUUACACUUCUCUAGAAAAUACUACGAGAUAUUAUCAGUACGGUUCUCACAUACCAUUCAAUUUCAAAUUGAUCACCGAUGUUAAUCACAAUUCGAGCGCAUCCGAUUUUAAGAGGAUCAUUGAAGCGUGGAUAGCUAAAACUCCAAAGAAUGGAAGUGCUAAUUGGGUGUUGGGAAAUCACGAUCGAAGUCGUACCGCGUCACGUUAUCCAAAAAGAGAAUCGCAAAUGAUUAUGUUACCAAUGAUCUUGCCUGGUGUUGCGGUAACUUAUUACGGCGAAGAAAUUGGAAUGAUUGAUAAGAGUGAUAUAUCUUGGGAGGACACACAAGAUCCUCAAGCUUGUAACGCCGGAAAGGAUAAAUAUCGAAGUCGAUCUCGCGAUCCUAAUCGCACACCUUUCCAAUGGGACAGUAGUAAGAAUGCUGGAUUCAGCAAAGGUAAUCGAACAUGGCUUCCGGUUCAUGAAAAUUAUAAAUUAUUGAAUUUGCAAAAUCAAAAGAACACGACACAACAGUCACUUUAUAAGAUUUAUCGAUCUUUGAUUCAAUUGCGCAAUUCUUCGCCCGCUUUACAGGAAGGAGAAUUGAAAAUGAAAGUUUCUCGUAUUACAUCGAAAUUGGAGCAUUUCGUUGACGCUGGAGUUCGAGGAAUAUGGCUUUCACCUAUUUAUGCGAGUCCAAUGGUUGAUUUUGGUUACGAUAUAUCAGAUUUCAAAGCCAUACAUCCAGAGUUUGGUACGAUGGAGGAUUUUGAAGCAUUGGUAGAAAAAUCGAAACGACUUGGAUUAAAAGUAAUUCUCGAUCUCGUACCAAAUCAUACAUCCGACAAGCACGAGUGGUUCCAAAAGUUUCUCGCAGGGGAGAAGAAAUAUAAAGAUUAUUAUGUUUGGAGGAAAGGAAGAAAGGAUGAUGGAGUUACUCCACCGAACAAUUGGAUAAGCCUGUUCAGUGGUCCUGCUUGGACCUACAAUGCAACGUUGAAGGAAUGGUAUCUCCAUCAAUUCGAGUACAGACAACCAGACUUAAAUUAUAGUAAUCCAGUAGUGCAAGCCGAGAUGGAAGACGUCAUUCUAUUUUGGUUACGUAAAGGCAUAGAUGGUUUUCGAAUAGAUGCCGUUCCGCAUCUCUUCGAAAGAGAAGAUUUCCAUGAUGAACCCAGAAGUUCCGAUCCAAAUGCUACCGAUCGUGAUUACACUUAUUUGGACCACAUUUAUACCAAAGACGAUCCACGAACCUAUGAACUUGUAAAAAGCUGGAGAAAGAUUCUUGAUGAUUAUUCCGAUGCCAAUAACGAGGAUGAGAAGGUGAUGAUGACCGAAGCUUACACUUCUCUAGAAAAUACUACGAGAUAUUAUCAGUACGGUUCUCACAUACCAUUCAAUUUCAAAUUGAUCACCGAUGUUAAUCACAAUUCGAGCGCAUCCGAUUUUAAGAGGAUCAUUGAAGCAUGGAUAGCUAAAACUCCAAAGAAUGGAAGUGCUAAUUGGGUGUUGGGAAAUCACGAUCGAAGUCGUACCGCAUCGCGUUAUCCAAAAAGGGUUGUUCAGAUGACUAUGUUACCAAUGAUCUUGCCUGGUGUUGCCGUAACUUAUUACGGAGAAGAAAUUGGAAUGUCUGAUAAGAAUGACAUAUCUUGGGAGGAUACCCAAGAUCCGCAAGCUUGUAACGCUGGAAAGGAUAAAUAUCAAAUUCGAUCUCGCGAUCCAUGUCGCACACCUUUCCAAUGGGACAAUAGUAAAAAUGCCGGGUUCAGCAAGAGUAAUCGUACGUGGCUUCCGGUUCAUGCAAGUUAUAAAUUAUUGAAUUUGGAAAGUCAGAAGAACAUUGCUGGUGCGUCAGUUUAUAAGGUAUACCGAUCUUUGAUUCAAUUGCGCAACACGUCGCGCGCUCUUCAAAAUGGUGAUUUGAAAAUGAAUGUGUAUAAAUUUAACACUCAUUAUUGUUACAACUGCGAAAUGUUAGUUAUCAGUCGAGAAAUUCCCGGAGAAGUAGUGACUUUCUUUAUGAGUUUCUCUCCAGUGUUAGAUAUUUUCGUAGAUUUGAAAGAAUACAUGCCACUUUACAAUGAGACAUACGUUGAAGCCGAUGGCUAUUAUCCGGAGAGACAUAAACCGUAUUGGAAUCAUUUAAACCUUCCACCUUGGGAAGGAGCAGUUGUAUCAUCUAGGAAUUAGAUUCAUAUGCAACAAAUUAGGAAGUAUAAUGGAAAAUUUGGAAUAAAUACGAGUUUCAAUGAUGCAAACUUA